GGUGGCGGCCGGCCCCGGGCGCAGCAUGGCGCAGCGUCGCCCGCCGCCCGCCGCCACCUAAAGGCGCCCCGCGGCGCCGAGCCGAGCCCUGCCCGCGCCCAUGGCGCCGCCGGCCGCCCUCGGCUGGCUGCUGCCGCCCCUGCUGGCGGCGCUGGCGGGCGCCGGCGGCCCGCAGUCCUUCGAGCUGCCGGGGGCCCCCAUCGACAACAUCGAGGUGAGCGGCGGCGGCGUGCUGGUGGCCGGCGGCAGCUGCCUCUACGAACUGCUGCCCGAGCUGCGGCCGCGCCGCCGCGUCCCGCCGCUGGCGGAGGGCUCGGGCUGCGGGGAGCCCCCCGGGGUGCGCAGCAAGCUGCUGCUGCCCUACGAGGAGGCCGGCGGCGGCGGCGUGCUGCUGGCCGGCUGGACGCGGGCGUCGGGCAGCUGCGAGGUGUGGGAGCGGCCGGCCUACCGGCAGCGCUUCAACCGCACCGAGGUGGUGAGCUGCCUGCCCGGCGGCUCCACCGCCGGCGUGGUGUUCCAGCAGGCCGGCGCCUGGUACCUGGCGGUGGCGGCCACCUACUCGGCCGGCCGCCGCGAGGCGAAGGAGGACUGCGAGCCCUCCGAGUCGGACCAGACGACCGCCAUCACCGUGCGCCCCACGGACUCGCUGCUGCCCAGCGAGGAGCUGGGCAUCAUCAAGUACGACGUGGAGCCCCUGCACUUCGUCGACGCGCUGUGGUGGGGCGGCCACCUCUUCUUCCCCUACUACCGCUGGAAGGCCAAGUCGGGCAAGGACCCGGAGCCGCCGAGCAUGGCCGUCCUGCACCAGCUGCAGCCCUCGGAGCGCGGCUUCUCCCUGCGAGGCCAGGUGUAUUUGGACUGUGGGUGCAGGAGCCUCAUCGUUUCCUCCAGCCUCAUCCGCCAGGGAGAGAAGGGCUGGUGGGUGGGCGUCUUCAACCACAGCCACAGCACCAAGACCUGGAACGCCACCGCCGUCUGCAUCUUCGGGAUGGAGGAGAUGAAGGAGCAAGCCUGCGGCUCCACGCACUUCGCCGUCAACGAGAACCACUGCGAGGAACGAUCAAUCAAGAAAUCACCUACCUUGAUUCACUCUGGAUUAGCAGCUGUUUAUGGCACAGUUGUUUUAAAUCAGAUAGUUCUCUUUCUGGGAACAGAUGAUGGACAGUUACUGAAGGCUAUUCUUAAUGAGGAUAUGGAAUCUAACUGCCCAGAGGUUUUGUAUGAAAUUAAAGAAGAAACCUCUAUUUUCCCCAAACUUCGACUUGAUCCAGUAGAUAAUAACUACAUCUAUCUGUCAUCUGCCAAUAAGGUGAGAAGAAUACCAGUUGCAAAUUGCAGUAGAUAUGUUUCCAAGCAAGAAUGCUUAUCUGCAAAGGAUCCCUACUGUGGGUGGUGUUCUCUGAAUCAAAGGUGCACAUUAAAAGAAAAUUGUACGCGUUCAAACAGCACAAAGGGUUGGUAUAACAUCUCACAUGCACCUGAUAAAGAUCUGAAAAUCCUGCUAAGUUUCCCUGCCAGAAAUCAGGUCACUGUGUCUACAAGCAUAAGCAAAACCCUUACUUCCUGUAUGAUAGAAAUUGUAAAACCUAUUGAAAUAUUUUGUGAAAAUGUAGUGCUGAAAAACUCAUCCUGUUUCUGCAGUCUAACUACUCUGGUGACAAUGGAUUAUGAUUGUCUAGUCCUUGAAGCAUCGCUGUCCUCGAGCUCUUGGAAUAUCACACAAACAUUUCAGUUGGAAAACUGCUCACGGUGUAUAAACGAUGGUCAGUGUGCCAGCUGUAAAUGGACGCGUGUCUCUUCCGCCACUGCCUGCCAGGAUAGUUGCAGCACCACAACUGCUUCCCAAGGGAUCGCCACUGCACAGAAAUCAGAGCAUAUCAACAUUCAUUCCAUCGAACCUUUGUGGAUUUCUACAUUAGGCAAAAGUGAAAUAACAGUCAAAGGAGAAAACUUUACACGUGCAUCGGGCAUAAAACUGAUUCUGACGGGCAUCAGUGGCUGUAAACCAGACAUCAUUAAAGUUAGAAAUGUGCUAAAUGAUACACAAAUGACAUUUGCUCUCCCACCAACACGUAAAGAGGCCAAAAGUGUAUGUAUACAGGCUGAUGGGAGAAAAUGUUCACCAGCAGUAACCCUGCAUUAUGUUUCACCGCCGUCAUGUUUUGGAAUCACACCAAAUACCUCCUGGAUCAGUGGUGGUCGCAAAAUAACUGCAAGUGGUAGAAAUUUUAAUGUGGUGGACAGUGUGAUUAUUUCAGAUGACCAGAGAUCAAACCUCACCGUCUCUAAAUGUUCUGGAAAUGAAUCUGAAUAUCAUUACUUAACACCAAGUCUGAGCCAUGCAACAGAGGGUAAAGUUGUUGAUAUGAUAUUGAAAGUGGAAACUACCUUUAUACCAUGUGUCAAAUUACACUAUCACCCUGACCCCGUGUUCAUUAACUACCAGCUGCACACUGAGCUGGAUCCUGAUCUGGAAUUAAAAAUAUAUAAAGAAAAUGACAACCUGAAUAUUUCUAAAACUGAGGUAGAGGUUUAUCUGUCAUAUAUGAAUGGUACACAGACCAAAAAGGUAUGGUUCAACGUCCAAAAUAUUACCAAAAAACCAGACCGUAGCACCAUACUGUGCAAAUUCAAAAGAGAAGGAACAGACAAGAUUGACUUUUCCACUGUGAAAGUUUUUGUCAAAUUAGGAAAUUUUGAGCUUGAAGUCAAACCAACAUCAUCAUAUAUAUAUUUAUAUGUCCUUAUUUUGCUACCUAUUGUAGUGGGUGUCAUUAUAGUGGCAUUCAUAGUUACUAGAUACAAAUCCAAAGAGUUAACCCGUAAACAGAGUCAGCAACUUGAACUGCUGGAAUACGAGAUUCGGAAAGAAAUACGCGAGGGAUUUGCUGAACUGCAGAUGGAUGAACUAGAUGUGGUGGACAGUUUUGGGACUGUUCCCUUCCUUGACUACAAACACUUCGCUAUUAGAACUUUCUUUCCAGAGUCAGGAGGCUUUGCGUCCAUCUUCAGUGAAGACAUGCCACAAAGCAGAGACCAAACGCGCAAGGAUGAAAGCUUCAACAUGUUGCAUGCUUUAAUUUGUAACAAGAACUUUCUUGUUACUCUCAUUCACACCCUUGAAAAGCAGAAAAAUUUCUCUGUGACAGACAGGUGCUUGUUUGCAUCCUUCUUGACUAUUGCACUACAAACGAAGCUAGUUUAUCUAACCCAAAUUUUGGAAGUGUUGACAAAGGACUUGAUGGAACAAUCAAGCAAUGUACAGCCUAAACUCCUGCUCAGACGAACUGAAUCUGUGGUAGAAAAAUUGCUGACAAACUGGAUGUCCGUCUGCCUUUCUGGUUUUCUCCGGGAGACAAUCGGUGAACCUUUCUAUUUGCUAGUGACAACCCUCAAUCAGAGGAUAAACAAAGGACCUGUGGAUGCAAUAACUUGCAAAGCCCUGUACACACUUAACGAAGACUGGCUGCUGUGGCAAGUGUCUGAAUUCAAAACAGUGACACUGAAUGUUAUCUUUGAAAAAAUCCCGGAAAAUGAGAGUGGAGAUGCCUGUCAAACUAUUCAAGUUAACGUGCUGGACUGUGACACCAUAGGCCAAACCAAGGAAAAGAGCCUUCAGGCUUUCCUGAAUAAGAAUGGCUUUCUCUACGGUCUUCAGAUGGAUGAAAUUGGUCUUGAACUUGUGUCUGAGGAGCAGCAAAGAGAAUUGUUAGACAUUGAUGGUUCCUCAGAGGUGUUGGAAGAUGGGAUAAGGAAGCUAAAUACCAUCGGUCAUUACGAGAUUUCAAAUGGAGCAACCAUAAAAGUCUUUAAAAAGAAGACAAACACUCGAUCAGGUGUCGACUACUCCGACGAACACUGCCAUUUGAUUUUACCAGACUCUGAAGCCAACAAAGACAUGAAAGGAGCGGGUCACAAGGGAAAGCAGAAAUUCAAAGUGAAAGAAAUGUAUCUGACAAAGCUCCUGUCGACCAAGGUUGCGAUUCAUUCAGUUGUUGAAAAUCUCUUCAGAAGCAUUUGGAGUUUACCCAACAGUAAAGCACCUGUUGCUAUCAAGUACUUUUUUGACUUUCUGGAUGCCCAGGCUGAGAGCAAAAAAAUCACUGACCCCGAUGUGGUUCAUAUCUGGAAAACCAACAGUCUUCCUCUGCGCUUCUGGGUGAACAUACUGAAGAAUCCCCAGUUUGUCUUUGAUAUUAAGAAGACUUCACAUAUAGAUGGCUGCCUGUCUGUAAUUGCACAAGCUUUCAUGGAUGCCUUUUCUCUAGCAGAACAGACGAUGGGGAAGGAAGCACCAACAAAUAAACUUCUCUACGCUAAGGACAUUCCGCUCUACAAGAAGGAGGUGAAAGCGUACUACAAAGCCAUCAGGGAUCUGCCCCAGCUGACCACUUCAGAGGUUGAAGAAUUUCUAACUCAGGAAUCUAAGAAACAUGAAAAUGAAUUUAAUGAGGAAGUGGCCUUGAUUGAAAUCUACAGAUACAUAGUGAAGUAUUAUGAUGAGAUUGUCAGCAAACUCGAGCGAGAACGGGGGUUUGAAGAAGUCCAGAAACAGCUCCAGCAAGUAAAAGCCUUAUUUGAUGAGAAGAAAAAAUGCAAAUGGAUUUGAGCAGAGCACUGACUCACAGCGUCACUGUGGGGAAUUUUAAAUAAGCGCUGCUGCUCCCAGAACAGUUUUGAAUGACUACAUGUACAGGGUUUGAAACAUUUGGACACUCUUCUCCACUCGGACCAUUCCAAGUACAAUCUAAGUUUGGGAAUGAAGUGUGUGCAGGGGUAGAUUCUCCAAUGUGAGCGUGUGAAAGCGAAAGUGAGGCUGGCAUCGGUGGGGGCCGGCACUGGGGUACCUGAACAUGUACCUUUUUUGUUCAAAAAAAUACUGCCUCAGUAAGCUUUCUGCUUACUUAACAAGAAGCUUGUAGGAGGUGCACAACGCACACUGCAAGUUCAGAGUCGCCCGCAUUAAGUUGCUUAGCUCUGUUUUUAAGACAGAAAGUUGAUGUUUUGCCACAUCCUUUCAGCAGCCCUGGCUGUGAGGAUGAGCUCCGGUGUCAGAAUACAGGUCAGCUGCAGUUUCCUUCCUUCCAGACAAAUGUAGGCUGGCUCCUGUUUGAAUAAAAAAAAACAGCACCCAAGUGACACUUAGGACAAGCUCGCUUAGCAGAAAAAGUGGGCCUGAGGUUUGAAGUACAAAUGGCACGUGGCAGGACUUCUUUCUCCGAGUUUAAAAAUUGCAAGGUGGAACCAACCACUGAGCAGGGGUGAGGCUUUUGGAGAAAGGAGCUGGACUGGCACCAGCCCGUGUUUACAGAUCUACCUUUCCAUCCUUACGUAAGCUGUGAAACGCGUGAGCAGCUUCACAGGUGAAACCCCCGUGCAGCUGCACUGCAUCAGACCAGGCCGUGAGGACGGUGGCACAGACCCGUACUCAGGUGCACGAGGCACAGGCCCACGCGCCCGUGCUGCCAGGCCUGCCGUCCACGUGCAAGGGGCUUGCAAACCGAAUGCCAGCAGUUUAGUUUAGUUUAGUUUAGUUUUCCAGAUUGUCCAAACAAAAGCUUUGUCAAAAGAGGGUUAGUUUAAUAACGUGUAAGAGCAGGAGGCCUGUGGUGAUCCCUGGUCGAUGUGUACGUGAUACAGCUGGGGACUGGGGGCAGGGAGCGGGGAACAGCCCUUGUUAGUCCCGCCGGGGCAGUUUUCUGAGGCUUGGCUGUUUUCAGAGCCCGGGGGGAAGGGGGGAAUUGCGUCUGUGGCUGAAGUGAGCCCAGCUGAAACGCAGGUGUGUGGCCGUGCUGCUGCUGGUGCAGUGGCCGCGGUGCCGAGCCGCAGAGGAACAGCCGUGGUGCUGGCUCUGCUGCUGCACCAGCGCACCCGCCCACCACCACAAGGCCGAAACAUUUGGUCGCCACAGGCUCUGCUGCAACUGCUGUGGUGGCACUCACUAAGGCUGCAGCCCGCCCUUAGACUUGAGCCAGGGCUUUGGCAAGAAGCGUCUCGUGCACACCAGCCAGCGGAGGAGGCGGUGGGCUCUCGCCUCGUGUUCCCAAAGGGCCGCACCUGGGCAGCACAGGGGGCACCACUCAGCCAGCGCAGGUGGCCCACGCUUAGGGCAGGCAGCGUGUGCUGGGGCUGGGACGAGACAGCGAUGCCUGAGCACGGCUCCCAGGCAGCCGAGCGCACAAAACAUUUAUUUCUGCGCAGCGCAGCCUUGGAGGAGCCCGGAGGCUGCAGCACAAUACGGGGGCUGGCUGGUUUUGUUGCACGCGCUACCAGGAGCUGGUACCAGGCACAAGGACAGCCAGCGCCAGGGAAUGCUAACCAGGGUUUGGCAGAAGCAAGGGCGCCUGUUAACACGGAAAACAAAACAAAACAAAACAAAACAAAACAACACGUUGCCUACUGGUCUGCCCCCUCCCUACCAUGUGAUUGCACAACUUGUACCUCUUACAUAUCAGAGAGGGGAGCCACCAGCCCAUACUGUGAUGGCUUUUUAAAAUUCAAGUCUUUUACUUGCUAUUAAGUUUACACUUUAUACUUGAUGGAAUGUAUGGCUUUGUUCAGGAAGCUGCACUACAGUGUUGCAGUACUUUCAGCAGUUUACCCGGCACAAUAUAGUGUGAUAUAAAUUUAGUUUUAAUGGAAAACAAACAAACAAACAACCCUAACCUAUCUUGCUCUCUGUCCUGAAGGAGCGGACCAUGGCUUGAGCAGCACUUACUUAAGCUUAGAUUACCUGUACUUAAGGGCUUUGAUUUUUAACAUUCUUAACCUAAACUUUUAAAGCAGCAUCGAACAAACAAACAAAAAAAGCACAGUAAUUAACACAGAAGGACAGGUAUAAGCAAUUUACUCUUUCUGGUUAGACAGAUGUCUCGAAGUUCAGUUCCAUUUCAAGUGUUUGCUGGAAGUGCAUUUGAAGGAAAUGUGAUCGUUUUGUUCAACAGUAAUCUUCUGUACAGGCAGAAAAACAACCCAAAUUUCUGCUUGAAAAGCUGUAAAAUAUAAUCUGUUUGCGUGGGUCUGAUCCUGUGAACCUCACUCUAUGUGUUUUUAUGAUGAGAAAACAAAAAUCAGUCCUAUUCUGUAUUUGUACUACUGCUUGUUUGCUACAAUAGCGUUGAUGAUUUCUAGAGAUUAUGUGUUGAAGCAGGCCCUGUAGCCUUAGCCUACAGCCUGGAAUAGGAUUAUUGCCUUUUAUUCAAGCCUCCUAAACAGCUUCACUCUGUUCGUAACCCAUUUGAAGUCAUGCUGGGACUUUGUAACCCGUAAGGUGGAUCUCACAAAGUGAUGUGAAGUAUAAUUAAGUGAUUGUAGCUCUUUUGGUAGGUUUGGGUCAGCACACAAAACAUUGGCACGCCUUCCAUAUUCGCAAUUUGCUGUUAUUUUGUUACACAGACAAAGCAACCAACCUGUGACUAAAGCUACCUUAUGGCAACCCAACAAUUCUAAUCGCAUUCUCUGAAAUGAAAGCAAAAUUCUUUAACUUAUUUUCACAUGUUUACAGGCAAACUGCUAUUGCAAACAGCAUAUUUUCUAACACUAGCUUACAGAGCAUUAUUUUGCAGUCAUUUAGUUUAAAGUCAAAUGCUACUAAUGUGUAAAGUAAUUCCUGUUGUACAGAAGUUAACCUGUUGUUUAAAAUGAAUGGUUUAAAAAAAGUGCAAAUGACAAAUACAUGUUGGUGUUUGUAUGGGUUUAUCUAGAAUAAAAUGCCUUUGAAGGUUAUUUUGAUUAGUUUGUGUAUUUAAAAAUGGUUAAGAAAACAAAGAGCUUGUAACCAUGUUGAGGUUGUACGAGACGUGGCGUGUAAGACACUGAUCGGCAUCAGCUCGGAGGCACCACUAAGGUUCCAGCUCCGCAGAGGCUCCAAGGCACAGCCACAUGGGCAAGCGCCGUGUUUUACAGCCACUUCAGUGACCCUGAAGUUGGGAAGUACGAAAAGGAAGGCCUGAUGCAGCAUCAGGUGAUGCCGGGGGUGGGGAGUCACUGGCCUGAAACAGAGCAGCAGCCUCCCUGCGGGGCCUUGGGGCAGGAGGCACGUGGAGGGGGAUUCCCUGCAGCCUCCCAGCCCCAGGGAAGCAUCAGCAGGCUGAAGAUGCAGUGCACAGCUUCAUUUGCUUCAAGGCUCUCAGGAUGAUGAUAGGUUUUUUUAAAAAAGUUAAAAAAAUAAAAGUGAGGAUAACCUGAUAACCGUUAUUUCAGGAGAGGAAUUGACUCUUAGGAAGAGAGCCUGGGACCAACUGGGAAAGGAAGCCCACAAAACCUGUGGCUAACCAUCAUCCUUCCUCCUGUUACUAGCCGCCUUCUACCCUCCAAGGCUUCCCUAGUUUGUAUAAAUCCCCUUCCCCAUGCCCUGACGUCGUGUAGAAGUCCUGCAGAACGCCACAUACCCAGGGUCACAGACAGAAACGAGAUUGUUGAGCGCUAGCUCUUUGCAACCAUUAUGCACAGUGCACGGUAUAGUGAUAAGCACUGGCGAACCUAACAUUUGGCAAGGUUAGCUCAGACACCGACCGUUACCUUUUCCAGGUUAAUCCUCCAGGAGACAGAAACACCUUCCAUUGUUUCUAAUGGCUACAGGCUAACACACUGUUUUUCUCAGAGCACUUUAACAAAUUCCCCAGGAAAAUGCAAUACCAUGCUUAUAUUGGCAUACGGCACGGAAAAUAAAAAAUGCUGCAUCUGGAAAGCAAAUCUCAAUCAAUAUUAAUGACAAUGUCACUAUACGUAAUUUUAUUCCUCGGUUGUCUAGUACUACAAUCUAACAACAAUAUUGAUUAAACUAUUAAAAAUGUACUGCAUAUGUCACUAAUACAUUUUCAUUG